AUGGUCAGGAAUAGCGGCACCAUACGGUUCAAACAUUUGAACGUGAAAUUCAAGGACAGAUUUCAAAAUGAUAUGAUUCAACCUCAAACCCAUUUAAAUGUAGCAGAUAACAGCAGGGCUCGAGAAUUGAUGUGCAUUCAAAUCAUAGGAGCUAGCAAUCUUCUAUAUGCUCAUAUUGGUGAUGUCAUUGUUGCUGUGAUCAAAGAGGCAGUACCCAAUAUGACCCUAGAAAGCGGAGUUGGUGGUGGAAACGGGUUUGAGAGAUUGAGUUUGGGGACGAAGGUGAAGUCCAUAUCAAAAGCCCGCACUCGAAUCCAUCUCCUCUCCACUCUUCUCCCCGAAACCUCCUCAGUUCUCUCGUUCCUUGCCAACUCCGACCGCCCUGCCCGCUCCCUCCUCCUCUCUUCCGCCGCCUAUUCUUCCAUCUCAUCUUCCCUCUCCUCCCCUUCAUCCGGCUCCGACGACGACUCUCUUUGCCUGUGGCUAUACGACACCUUCCUCUCCGCUGACUCCGAACUCCGCCUCGUUGUCCUCUGCUAUAUCUCUCUCCUCUCCUCCUUCUAUCUAUCCCGCAUCCACUCCUCCUCCACCACAUCCGCUAUCUCACCCACCCCUAAUCUCGCCGGCUUCGAAGCUGUCCUUCUUGUCCUCUACUCAUCUGAAGUCAAGGCUCAUUCGGGUAUACCCGUGCUCAUUUCAAUCCCUGAUCUCUCUCAACCUUCUCUUUAUCACUCCUCUCGAAAUCCCCCUUCGAAUAAAUCGAACCCCAUUAACAAUAACCCCUCGUCUCGGCCUCUAGUCGGCGUUCUAUCGCCUCCUCUCGAACCCCAGAUGGCGGUGAAGUCUACUAAACGAGCUUCCAUUGUAGGCAUUGCCCUUGAUUGUUAUUAUAAGCAGAUUUCGCAAAUGCCCAGUUGGUCAAAGCUUGAUUUUUGCAAAUUUUUGGCAGAUUGGGCAAGUCAGGAUUGCCCUUGUAAAUCUGAUUUCGAUGAUUUUACUACCCAAAAACCUGAUAAUUUUACUGAAAGUAGCCAUGGGCUUUCGGGUGACUCGAGGGGUCACAAUGAGAUUGAGGAUGUUGUGGAAGAAAUUCGGCAUUUGCGAAGUGAGGGGAGGGAUGACGAGUUGAGGUCACAGGGGGUGAGAAUUCCGCUGCCAUGGGAGUUAUUACAGCCGGCAUUGAGGAUUUUGGGGCACUGCUUGCUAGGGCAUUUGAUUACAGAGGAUGUGAAAGCAGCAACUUCAGUGGCAAUAAGGAGCUUGUAUGCUGGGCCUCCCAUGACCUGAACCCGCAGGCCAUUUUGGCGACUAGCAGUCUGAUUUAGCUAGAUAACAGGGCACGCGAGGUUGUUGCUGCAGCUGCAGCUGCCAGUGCUACCUCCAAUGCUAAUACACCCACUCAUUAUGCUGAUGCUAUUGGUCCCUGCUAUGGAAUUCCCAAUUAUUGUGAUGUUUGGCAAUUGAACCUGUUGACAGAGGCUUCGGAUUCGGAUUUGGGUCUAGGAUAUUACAAUCUACCAAUCAAGCUACCAUUUUCGCUUGUGAUAUAUUGCACAUUUUAGAGUUUUGGAAGAUGAGUAGCCGAGGCUACUUAUUAGCU